AGCAUCAAAGAUGGCGGGAGCCUCCGACCCACUGGAGGACAUGCUCUUCAAUGAGGUAGAUGAGAAAGCAGUUAGCGACUUAGUUGGCUCUUUGGAAUCACAACUUGGUAAUCAAAAGACUUCUACUGCUUCGUAUUCCGAGAAUAAAGGAGAGGGACCUUCGGGCGCUGUCAAACAGUUCUCAGGGAAAGUGCGUGAUCAAGUGGGGUCUCUGGAGCAGCCACAACAAGGGCAUCCGAAAGCGGGGUUAAAUCAGGAACCUAGCGCCAAUGAGGCUCUCCCGAACAAAAUACUCGCAUCUACUACCUCUUCCGUUACUACCGGGAGCGUUAUAAACGCUGGAUCUAAUUUACAAACACUUGGGGCAUCUCCUACUAUUUCUCAUGUACCGGGAUCCGUAACUUUGGCGACUCCGUCUGCAGCUGCUAGCUUCAACAGGGCUACUGCUCUGGGUUCGGCGGGCACAUCGGUAGUGACUGCUCCUAACCCAAACAUCAUCACAACGGCGGGUCUAAGGGCUGCUUCCCCUGGAUUACAAAGUUUAAACGGCAACACCGGAGGUGUGAAGUUGGUGAACGCACCCGCCAUCGCUCCACAAGCCGGAGCCAACAGUGUCAUAAGUACUGUUAGUGCUGGUAGCUCCAAUAUUAUCGUGUCCAUGUCCUCCCAGCCUAACUUUACUGUACCACAGUCGUCGGUGGCUUCUACAAUCACAUUACCGAGACACCCUAGCCCAUUGUCGAGUUUGUCCCAGAAUGGUGUAGACCCUAAGGGUUCCCCUCUCAUUACCCAAGGUGUAGCUUCCUCUACGGUCACUACAUCUCAGGUCAUGAAUCACAACAACCCUCUCAUGCAUACGAAGAUGUUGGUGCCCAAUCAACCUGUUUCUGGAAACUCUGUAAUUCUCGGCAGUACUCCGCCACCUGCAGCUAACUCACCCAUCAGCCAGACCGUGACAAGUACCACUGUCACACUUGCGGCUGGUAUUAAACCAGCCGUCAACGGAGUUGGUCAGCCGGCGGUGACUAUAGUGAGGCACCCCACAACGCCUGUAAUGGCAACGUCAAUCCAGCAGCAGAGACCAGGGCUGGUUGCAAACACCACAAGGACUGCUGCGCCUCAGAUAGCAGUCAGACCUCAACAGCAGACUACCAUUCAACUUCCUCCGGGAUUUACCAUACCUCCAGGCAUGGUCCUGGUGCGUACUGAGACGGGCCAGUUGGUGAUGGUCCCCCAGCAGGUUCUGGCCCAGGCCCAGGCAAAGAGCCAACAGGGCCAGGCGGUGUCCAACAUCUCCCCCAGGCCUGCCACCCCAACAGCCGGCGCCACCAUCCGAGUCAGCGCCCCCAGUCCGCUUCCCGGUACAACCCAGACUGUCCGCCUGGCCUCCCCAAAUCAGCCCAGAAUGGUUCAGGCCGGUUCCCCCUCUCCCUCCGUUGUACAGGCCAUCACAGUGGCGCCCGCUGGAGCCGGCGUCUCGGGGAAGAUGAGCAACCCUCCCCCCAAGCCCGGGACGGUGAUCACCGCGGGGGGGCAUGCGCUGGCCAAGCCUGUGGGGGUCCAGCCCGGCCUCGCCAUGGCCGGUGGGACGCCAGGGACGGGCGUCUCCCCCGCCGCGCCCCGCACAGCCAUAGUGUCACAAGAGAUGCAGGAAAACGUGAAGAAAUGUAAAAACUUCCUGGCGACACUGAUCAAGCUGGCAUCCCAUAAUUCCCCCUCCCCGGAUACCUCCAAGAAUGUGAAGACCCUGGUGCAGGAUCUACUCGAUGCGAAGAUUGAGCCUGAGGAGUUCACCAGCCGCCUGCAGGCUGAACUCAAGUCCUCACCUCAACCCUACCUCAUCCCCUUCCUCAAGAAAAGCCUUCCCGCGCUGCGCCAGUCUCUGCUCAACAACCAACAGUCUCUAAUGGCCUCCGGCAACGCCCCCACCCAAGUGUCCCCGGCCGCCACCUCCACCAUCAGAGCCCGGCUCCCCAACAGCCCCGUCAUGACCCCCGUCAGGACGCCCACGCCGCUCGUAAACAACACCGCCAUGGGUGUCAGGAGACAAGCGCUCCCGGCAGUCCAGACCCGCAUGCCCAUGGUCAUCACCCAGACCCUCAGAACCCCAGGUGCAGUUGUGAGGGGACCUUCUAUCAUAGCAGGUAAAAGUCCUGCUAACUUGGCAGUGCAAGCCAAUCAGAAGAAGCUGAGUGACCCAGGGGGCGGUUUCAGAGACGACGACGACAUCAACGACGUGGCGUCCAUGGCCGGGGUCAACCUCAACGAGGAGAACGCACGUAUCCUAGCAACCAGCUCGGAGCUGGUGGGCACCAAGAUCCGCUCCUGCAAGGACGAGGCCUUCCUUCCCACCGGCCUGCUGCACCGUCGCAUCCUCGACACAGCCAAGAAGUUGGGUGUGACCGAGGUCCCGGCCGAGGUGGUGAACUACAUUUCCCAUGCCACCCAGUCGCGAUUGCGCUCCUUGCUGGAGAAGGUGUCGGCGGUGGCUCAGCACCGCGGUGAAGGCGGGAAGGACGAGGAGUGGGCGGAGCAGUCCUCAGACGUCCGCGCUCAGCUGCGCUUCUUCGAGCAGCUGGAGCGCAUGGAGAAGCAGAGGAAGGACGACCAGGAGAGGGAGAUUCUACUCAAAGCAGCCAAGAGUCGUGCCCGGCAGGAAGACCCGGAACAGGCCCGGCUCAAGGCUAAGGCUAAAGAGAUGCAGCAGCAGGAGCAGGCUCAGAUCCGCCAGCGAGACGCCAACCUCACCGCCCUGGCCGCCAUCGGGCCCCGAAAGAGACGCAAGAUGGACUCGCCAGGGUCCUCCAACGCCGGGGCUGAGGUGGCCUCGAGCUCCGGCUCCGGUAACUCUCCGGGGGGGAGCUCCUCGCGCCAGCAGCUCCGUACGCGGAUCACAAGAGUCAACCUCAGGGACUUCAUCUUCUGUCUGGAGCAGGAGCGCACCACGUCCAGGUCCCUGCUGCUCUACAAGGCCCUGCUGAAGUGAGGCACCCCAGCCCCCCCACGCCCCCAAGGAGGUGGACCCCCUCCUCCCCAAUCAUCCGCAGAAAACUAAAACAACGGGAACCACCCGCCCACCCCGUCAAAACACAGAUGCAGUUUUUAAGAUAUUUUUUUAGAGAUACAUU